CAUCGAACUCGCUGAGCAUCGUCAUUCUCUCGUCUUCCAUCACCACCAUGGACUCCUGGGGUGAAGUCGAUGACGCCCUUCGGGAUGUCACAAACGAUCCCGAUGAGCUCGCUGCCGACAGCCACGACGACAACGAGCGGGCGUCUGACAAAGAGUACAAGCCACCUCGGAACCCUCGUGAGGCGGGCUGGUCUGAGCCUGUUCCCUUUCGCUAUGAGAAUUUCACCAAUAAAGACUCCACUGACUGGGCUAGCACGGCGGCUCGGUAUGAGUGGAAAGAUGAAUACGGUGACAUUGGCCCUCGUAAUGAGGACCUGGAGACACAACUGUUCGGCGAGGAUUACAAGUGUCGCGUAGGUGUACGCUUCGAAGAGCUAAAGAAGUCUGGCAAGGAAGAGCCCUACUCCGUCAGCAUCGAGAGCAAGUUCAAGCUCCAGCCCAUUGCAACGUUCGACGAUGGUGGGAUUCACCCAACUCUGCGGGCAAACCUCGUACUCUGCACGUACACAUGGCCAACGGCCAUUCAGUGCUACACUAUUCCGGCCCUCUACGAAGGGCGCGAUGUCAUUGGCAUCGCCCAAACCGGUUCGGGAAAAACUGGUGCCUUCCUCAUUCCCAUCGUCUCCAAGCUCAUGGGAAAAGCCAAGAAGUUGGCCGCUCCUCGCCCCAACAUUGCAGAAGGCUGGAAUCCGAAACAAAAUGCAGUGACUGCGGAGCCCUUGGUCCUGAUCGUUUGCCCUACUCGAGAGCUGGCAACCCAAAUUUUCGAUGAUGCACGAAGGAUGUGCUAUCGAUCCAUGCUGCGCCCCUGUGUUGUUUAUGGUGGUGCUCCUGCUGCCCUCCAGCGAGAGGAGCUGCAGAAGGGGUGUGACAUCCUCAUCGGUACCCCCGGGCGUAUCCUGGAUUUCAUGAGUCAGCCCAGGGUGCUAUCUUUGCGCCGUGUGCGAUACACAGUCAUCGACGAAGCUGAUGAGCUCCUCCAAGCCGACUGGGAGGCGGAUUUCAAGAAGCUCAUGGCCGGCGGUGACCUGAACGAAGAUUCUGAUCACCGAUAUCUCAUGUUCUCGGCCUCUUUCAAUAAAGAGUGCCGGAAGCUAGCUUCCAAUUAUUUGAGCAAGGAUCAUGUUCGAAUUCGAAUCUCUCGCCCAGGAAGUGUCGUCCGGCACAUUAACCAAAGGAUCGUCUGGAUUGACCAAUACCGAAAAAAAGGGGCUCUAUACGACCUCCUUAUGACCUUGCAGCCCACUCGAACCUUGGUUUUCGUGAACAGUAAACGAGACGUUGACAUUGUCGAUGACUACUUGUUCAAUCAGGGGCUUCCCACCACUUCGAUGCACGGCGAUCGCCUUCAACAGGAGCGAGAGGAUGCUAUGCGUUCAUUCCGCUCCGGCCAAUGCCCGAUCAUGAUCACCACGGGCGUGUCUGCUCGGGGACUGGACAUUGUGAAUGUCAUGCAUGUGAUCAACUACGACCUUCCCAGUGCCUCUCAGGGUGGUAUUACAGAGUACAUGCAUCGCAUCGGUCGGACUGCUCGCAUCGGCAACGAGGGACUGGCGACCUCUUUCUACAAUGAUGAUCGUGAUAGCGGGUUGGCAGCUGACCUUGUUAAGCUGCUGAUGGAGAGCAAUCAAGCCGUUCCCGACUUUCUCGAAUCGUUCCGGCCCUCUGAAGCAACAUUGAGCUUUGACGAUGAUAGCACGGAUGGCGAAGACGAAGAUGUUAAGAAAGAUGAGACCCGUGGCUGGGCCCCAGACAGUGGCAACGAUGUGUCUGCGUAUGAUGAACUUGCUAAAAAGGAGCUCGCCCUAAGACAGUCUGGAUACAUCACGGACAAAAACGAUGUCGGAUGGUAAGCGUCAAGCCCCACGGAAAAGGUUUCCGCACAAAGGCAAUGACCCGGUGAUCCUUUUUUGCUUCUGUCUGUGUUUAUCGAGUCCAAGGUCCUUAAUCAUUGGCGAACUGAUGACAUUUCUUAACGGCAACUUCUUUGCGACCCGGAACUCCUGCAAUAGCCCGUGGAACAAAGUGAUGGAGAUUUGAUCGCGUUCUACCCGUCUACAGGCUCAAACGCUCUGCUAGAUGUUAUUGAAUGUGCUUUUCUUAUUUCACUGAGCAUGUUCGGAGGUGUGUCUAGAGGAAGCUGUUGGAUGUUUGCUGUCAAAU